UCAACAUCCACUUCACAAUCUCUCAAAAAAAAAAUAUUUUUCUAUGAUGAAUACUAGCUCCCAUUUCCCAGGUGAUCAUAGAUCAUCUGAUGGAUUUGAAUUCGGUCAUUGUUGUGGUGGUGGUGGUGAUAAUGAUGUUCUCUGCUUUUCGAGCAGACGAUCAUCGGAGGAAGAGGUUGUUAUUGGAAGUGGUAGUGAUCGUACAGUAGUCCAAGGAGAUUACUUCGAUGGAGUUUUUAAGUAUAUACAUCAGAUGCUUAUGGAAGAUCAAGAAGAUUUAGAAAAUAGGCCAUGUAUGUUUCAAGAUUGCAUAGCUCUUCAAGCAGCUGAGAAAUCGUUUUAUGACGCGUUGAAUCCACCUCCAAUUCAUCGCGAUUUCGUUGAUGAUAGUGGUAAUCAAUUUCAAGACGAUUACUGCGAUGCUGUGAAUCAGUUUGCUGAGACAACUUUCAAUUCCGAUUUAGAUAAUGACCAAUGUUCGUUUUUUUAUAAUACUAAUACUAUCUGUCAUGGUGUUGGUGAUGGUGUUAGUGUUGUCAAUGGCGAUACAUCGAAUGCUAUCAAUUAUCAUGAUGUCAAUGAAGGUGGGAUUCCAAGUUGUGAUGGAAACAAAAAGCAUACUCGCGAUGAAAAUAGUGAGAGUUCAAAAGGGCGAAAAUCGAAGCAGUUGGCAAGUAAUGGAACAGAGGAUGGAAAUACAGAGGAGCACUAUGAUAAGGCGCUUCUCUGCCCGGGUUUGAAUCCUUCGUUUUACGAAAAUCGAUCAAAAUCAGCAACAGCAUGGGAUAAUGCAGCAUGGGAUAAACAAAAGAGCUCUCAUAUAAAGCAGUCUAAACGUGGAAGGCCUCGUGGAAGCAAAAAAGGCGUUAAGGCGAAUGAAGUAGUAGAUCUUACUAGCCUCCUAACGCGUUGCGCGGAGGCUGCAGCAAGCUACAACAGCAAAACAUUCAUAGAGGUACUCAAUAAAAUUAGGGAACAUUCUUCUCCUUUUGGUGAUGCUACUCCAAGAUUGGCCUAUUGCUUUGCCAAUGCCCUCGAAGCUCGUUUUGCUGGCGGAGAUACAACAUGGAUCACAAGUAAGAAAAUAUCAGCUGCAGAUUUCUUAAAAGCUUAUCAGGUCUACAUCACUGCUUGUCCAUUCAAGAGGAUGUCAAACAUAUUCGCCAACAAGUCUAUCGCGAAGCUAACAAGUGAAUCAUCGAGGGUUCAUAUAAUAGAUUUUGGUAUUCUAUAUGGAUUUCAAUGGCCUUGUAUAAUACACGGGAUUUCCCUAAGGCCCGGGGGACCUCCAAAGCUUAAGAUCACAGGAAUAGAUUUUCCUCAGCCAGGUUUUCGACCAGCGGAGAGAGUUGAGGAGACAGGACGACGUUUGAAGGAGUAUUGCAAGAGAUUUGUCCUCCACAAAGCCCAACAAUUUGAUGUUCCAUUUGAGUAUAAAGCAAUAGCUAAGAAAUGGGAUGAGAUUAAAGUAGAAGAUUUGGAUAUCGAUAGAGAUGAAAUCGUCGUGGUGAAUUGUUUGUACAGGCUGAAGAAUGUCCUUGAUGAAACAGUAGUAGUAACACACAACAACAAAAAUCCAAGAGAUGCUGUUCUCAAAUUGAUCAAGGAGAUAAAUCCUCAUUACUUUGUCCAUGGGAUCGUCAACGCUAUGUACAAUGCAUCUUUCUUCACUACAAGAUUCCGAGAGGCUUUAUUCCAUUUCUCGUCCCAAUUUGACAUGUUUGAGGCCACAAUGCCACGAGAAGAUGAAGGAAGGAUGAUGUUUGAGCAGGAAGUAUUCGGAAGAGAUAUCAUGAACGUUAUAGCUAGUGAAGGGGCGGAGAGAGUUGAGAGGCCUGAAAGUUACAAGAAAUGGUCAAUGAGGAAUCAGAUAGCGGGGUUUAGACAACUUCCAUUGGAUCAAGACAUCGUCAAGGAAGUAAAGACCAAGGUGAAAAUGUUCUAUCACGCGGAUUUUCUAGUGGAUGAAGAUAGCAAUUGGAUGUUGCAAGGCUGGAAAGGAAGAAUUAUGUAUGCACUCUCAGUUUGGGAGCCUAUUCAUAAGUAAAAUCUUGCGUUCAUUUCUCGUAAAAACAUAAAUCAAUUGAAAUUCAA